AUGCCAAACCCCGCCGCAGCCACCAUCCGCAUCAGCAUCAGCACCAGCAGCCCGCCGGCAGCUACAGUUCGAGCAGACCGUUUCGCCACAAAGGCUAAGCAGACGGAAGGUCUGGAAGGUCUACCUGGACAAGGGGAAAAGGGUGUGGACGCAUGGGUGGCGGACGUGGAAAGAGCAUGGAUGAGGGGCGGAGAUGGGGCGUGGCAUGGCGGUUGA